AAGAGCAAAAUGUCCACCACGGGCAUGGAAAAUUUGGAGGGUGCAGACUCGACGCAUAACACCAAGGUGUCCGAUUCUGCCUACUCCAACAGUUGCAGCAACAGCCAGUCACAGAGGAGCGGAAGCUCAAAGUCACGCCACAGUGGCAGCAACUCGUCCGGCAGCAGUGGAUAUGGUGGAAAGGCUUCGACGCAGGCCAGCAGCAUUGCGCCACUGCCGCAGCCGGCCAUCAAGCGCACCAAGGAUAAGGAUCGCAAAAAGAAGAAGCUAAAGACGACCAGCGAUAAUGCUGCUCCGGCACCGAAUGGAUCAUCCGCUGGAAAUAACAACGUGGCAGUAUCCGCUGCCGCAGCAACUUCAGCUACAUCCGUUGAAGUUUCGGGGUGCGGUGGUGAUCCUGAACCGAUGGAUACGGUACCAGGGAAUUCGUCCGUUAGUAGCGGAUCUGCCGUACCGGGAGACAUUGGAACGGGAGGAACGGCUGGGCUAACGGUCGCUCAUGGAACGGAAUCAAACGAUCGUCAUGAGCUGAACGUUACCAGUGGGGGAAAUGGUGCAAACGGGGUUGAACUGGUCAGUGUGGGAGGGGUUGCUGCGGGAGCCGUUGCAGCACAGAUCAUCAACGAUGAAAAAACUAAGGACGAUCGCAAGCACAUGUCACAGGAACAAAUGCAUCGGUCGAGUGAUGCAACCAACGAUGGCCUGCAGAAGAAACUGAUCGCACAGAGCAUUCUGCCUGGACCGGCACCACUACCGGCCGGUGUGGCCUCCAUCGUCAAUUCGAUCGCCACCGGUGAAUCCAGCGGAAUAAGAAACAACAAAGCCGGGGACCACACCGUAUCGAGCGGUGGAACUCUCUUGGGUGUGGUUAUGGGCGAGCAACAUGGACAAGGAAAACAACAACAGCUUCACCAUACCGUCCAACAACAUCAACAUCCCAAACAUCAGCAUUCCACGAAGCAGGAUGCCUCGCUCCAGAGUCAUCAGCAUGGACUGCAUGUGCCGCAGCAACAUUCAUCCUGCCAGCAGCAACAGCAGCAGCAUCAACAGCAACACCACACACUUCAUCCCCAGCAACAGCAACACGACAAACAACAGCAACAACAACCGCAACAACAACUACAACAGCAGCAAUCAAACACACCGCGUACCAACAAACCCGACGUGGAGGAUGGGUUCUGCUGUGUCAUCUCGAUGCACGACGGGGUCGUACUCUUCACAACGCCCAGCAUCACGCACAGUCUCGGAUUCCCGAAGGACAUGUGGUUGGGUCGAUCGUUUAUCGACUUCGUACACCCGAAGGAUCGGGCCACAUUUGCAAGCCAGAUCACGUCGAAGGUCGUUGUACCGCUGGGAGAAUCCAAGAGUGGUCAAAAGGAUCAGAAAAAUUCACUCUACGUUAUGCUGCGCAAGUACCGUGGACUGAAGACGGCCGGGUUUGGUGUUACCAAAACGACCGUCAACUAUGAACCGUACCGACUGGUGCUAACAUUCCGUGAAGCACCGGCAGAAAAUGCGGAAAUCAUGAGUGGUCGCAGCAUUCUGCUAAUCAUCUCCGCCACGCCGGUCAAGAGUGUGUACAAGGAACCGAACGAAUCUCUGUGCGAGCGUGAUCUUAAGUUUAAUACGCGCCACACCACGUCCGGUGUGUUGAGCUAUGUGGACGGGAAUUCGGUUGAAUCGAUCGGUUACCUACCGCAAGAUAUUCUUGGACGAUCGAUCAUGGAGCUGUACCAUCCGGACGAUAUGCCUAUCUUGCGGAAGGCGUACGAAACGGUCAUGGUUAAAGGGCAAACAGCCGGUGCAUCGUUCGUCAGCCAACCUUAUCGGUUUCUGGUCAACAACGGAUGCUACAUCGUGCUCAGCACCGAGUGGACCAGCUUCGUGAAUCCAUGGUCCCGGGAGCUAGAGUUCGUGAUCGGCAACCAUCGCAUCCUGCAGGGUCCAUCGAACGCGGACGUCUUUGUGUCACCUUUUUACUGCCACCAAACGCAGAACCAAUUUUCCGAUGAAGCGCUGAAGGAAGCGAAAAUGAUCGAGGAGCAAAUUUUACGUCUCCUGAAGGAACCGGUCGCCAAACCGUCGGACAUGGUAAAACAGGAAGUGUCCAAACGGUGCAAAGCGCUCGCCUCGUUCAUGGAGGAGCUAAUGGACGAGGUGGCUCAACCGGAGCUGAAGCUAAAUCUGCUAAAUGAAUCGGAUUUUACCUUCUCCGAGCGAGACUCGGUAAUGCUGGGCGAGAUAUCACCCCACCACGAGUACUUCGACAGCAAGAGCUCGUCGGAAACGCCACCGAGCUACAACCAGCUGAACUAUAAUGAGAAUCUGCAGCGCUUCUUCGACAGCCGGCCGGCCAUGAACAUUGAGGAGCAGAUGAAGAUGGACUCAUCGGGCGGCACCAACACGGAAACGAUUGGCGACGAGCAGUCGCACGCGGUCAGUCCCAACCAGCGCGAGUUUAGUGCGAGCGGUGGUGGUGGAAGCGGCGGAUCGGCAGGCAACUUUAGCUCCGAAAGCAACGCCCAGAUGGACAGUACGACCAACACGACGAGCAACACGGGCGGAACGGGUGGUACGGGGACAUCGUCCGGGGGUGGAGGUAGCUUUCAGCCACCGACCCUUACGGAGGAGUUGCUCUGCAAGCACAACGAGGACAUGCAGAAGGUGAUGCUGAAAAAGCACCGGGAGGCACGGAUGGUUGCGCGCGGCACGGACAAGAACAAAAAAGGCCCACCGGACAAAGGAGCGUACGGGGGUGGCACGGUUGGCCACGGUGUGAAGCGUGGUUCAUCCCAUUCGUGGGAGGGGGACGCACAUAAAACGAUCAAACAUCAGCACAAUCCGGACACGGGCGGUGGCUGUACCUCAAUUCAGCAGUUGCAACAGCAGCAGCAGAAGAUGGGUCCUGUUGCACCGCAUGCAUUGCAGCAACAGUUGCUGAUACAGCAGCAACAACAGCAGCUGCAGCAGCAGCAGCAGCAACAGCAGCAGCAACAAUUUCAGCAGCAACAGCAGCAUCAGCAUCAACAUUAUCAACAAACAAAUUUACACUUGCACUACAAAUCGCAACACAUGUUGCAACCGCACCAUCAGGGACUGUAUGGACAAGGACCGUCGUCCACUUCGUUUCAGCAAACAACCCUUGCCAACUCUUCCACAGCACAUCUGCAACAGGCGCAACACCAACAACUUCCAGAGCAGCAGAGUACGCACCAAUCAACCCAACAACACGCGUACCAAAGCCAGUUCCAGAGUAAUGGUUUGGGUCAGCCUUGCCAAGCCGAACCGGCUACCGGUCUUUCGGGGAAUCAGCGGUCAUCCUUUAACACGACCUUCACCACACCCUCCAUCCUUACGCCCCAAAUGACGUACGGAACGCACAGCGGAAGCAUUACGGGUCGUACCGGUGACCUAUGGCCACCGUUCAGUGUGAGCGUAACGACCAUGCAAGCAUCGGCCGGUGCCGGAUCGGGCACGGCCAGCUUCGUACCAUCGCACAGCAUUUUUCCCACCCUGUACUACAUCCCGGCGGCUGCUGCAGCUGCCGCAUCUGCCGCCCCCCAAACCACACCGGUGGCAGCGCUGGAGGCGCUACCCCGUCUCAAUCCGAUCACCGUACCGUACAUGGCGGCCGGUGUCAUGUAUCCGCAUCCACAGCUUUACCAGCAGUCGCUCCUGUACCCGCCGAUGAUGUACCACGCGAUGCCUUAUCAACCUUUACCCCCACCGUGCGGGCUCGACAGUGACACGCGAAAUCAUCAACAUUCACAGCAUCAACAGCAGCAGCAACAACGGCAACAGCAGCAGCAACAGCAGCAACAACAGCAGCAGAGGCUACAGUCCCAAACUGGCCAAUCAUCCGGUGGUCCCGGACAAACGACAACCGGUGGCAUUACCCUAGGUAUGGGAACGACUCCGGGAGGGCAAAGUUCAGCCCAAGCGGCCGAAGUGUCCGGUACGACAACGAACGUUGGCCAUACCGGUAACAAUGGUGGUAAACUUCCCGCCCACAUAACCGUUCCACCGUCGGCUGGAAGCGGUUCCCAGUCACAAACCCCAUUCCAACGUCCAUCCUCCCAGGCAACAUCGGUGAAAGCGGAACCGGGCUCAGCUUUGGGCAGUAUUGCAUCCGCUUCGAUUGUCGUUAACCGGGCUUUUUCGGAAUCCUCCAAAAAGGAUCUUACCGAUUCGCCCCUCAUCUCGAACGUCGACUGUACCGACUGUGCGCUGGACGAAGUGCUCGAUAAGCACUGCGACAACACUGCAGGUGGCAGCAGUAUGGUAGAUCGGCGGGUAAACGGUGGUGCACGACUUACCAGUCAGCUGGACAAACUGCCGACUGGUAUCGGUACCGGGAUCGGCACAAAUAGCAACUCGCGCGGUGGCGGUGGAAAUGGAGGUGGUGUGAUCGGGAUGUGUGAAGUUAGUGAUGAUAUGGACGAGUCUAGCUUUUCCAGCUUUUACUCCAGCUUUCUCAAGACGGACAACUCGUCCGAGGGACAGAACGGAGCGGAGCGCAAAGAAUCGAGCGAAAUGUGCUGGGAAAGUGGCUCAAACAAUGCGACCUCGAACAACCGGAUGCACGGGGACGGUGAGUCCGGCAAUCAGGACUCGCUGGAAGGUGGAAAGCGAAGCGGUGGGGGGGAAGGAACUGGUACGAUGGUGCGACCGAAUGGUAGUGGUGCCAGUGGAUGCCGUGCCAAGCGACGUCCGAAUCCGCCGUGGUUAGAUAACGUGUGCCAGACGAAGGAUCUCAUCUACCGGUAUCAGAUCAACGAACGUUCGGUUAAGGAGCUGCUGGAUUCGGACAAUUUGGCGUUGAAGAAAAUUAGUCAGCCUAUCCUGGUUAACGAUCAGCUCGGUCAGCUGUACCUUGAUCUCGAGCUGGAAGGACUGUCGGCGAAGCUCUCACUAAGCGAAGCGACAUCCGGAAGCAGCAGCGAUGACUGCGACACCAAGGACAAAGCCAAAGUGAACAAGCGCAACAUGAAGUACAGUAAGCUGGUCAUGAUCUACGAGGAGAACGCACCGUUUCCUCCACCGAAUGAUUCCGAACCGUAGUCGUGC